CUGACUGCGGCUGGGCUUCUCGUAAAUUCCCGCGUCUAUCUCUCGGGCCAUCGAUAUACAAACCCACCGACACUGCCCUUGACACCGGAUCCGCACGAAGGGAUAUGGCUUCAGGGGACCUUUACGAGGUGGAGAGGAUCGUGGACAGGCGGAAGAACAAGAAAGGAAAGUGGGAGUAUUUGAUCCGUUGGAAGGGAUACGGAAGCAAAGAGGACUCUUGGGAGCCAGAGCAUCACCUGCUACAUUGUGAGGAGUUCAUAGACCAAUUUAAUGGCCUUCGCUUGCAGGACCGUCGCUCGAAGCCUGCUAAGACCAGUGGGGCAACACAUCGGCAUUUCGGGCGCACUGCAAUACACGACAGCUCCAAGUCCCGCGGGGAGUCACGAAAGAAGAAAAGAACCACUGGGGCUGUGGGUGGGGGGGUUUUGGGGGAGCACAACGUGGGGGUUCCCACAAAACCACGGAAGAUGAGUAAACCUCUGGCAGACAGAACGACCAAACCUGUGACUUAUAAGAGAGUCCCUGCGGGGCUGCAGUUUGUACCAUCUGCCAGGGUUUCUAAUGCACUGCAAAAUGGAGAUAUGGACCCACUGCAUUACAGGACCACAGGCAGGACUCAGGGCAGCAGAAUCACAGGAGACAUGGACCUAAAUAAAGCCACAGCACUGCAUGGCAAUGAAUUAGGGUCGGCACUUCCUAACGGAGACUCACAUUUGCACAGUACAGUCAAACGGAAGCUGACGGAGGACAAAGGCUACAUCUUUGACAAGAGACUGAGGUACAACGUCAGACAGAACGAGACCAGCUGCAGAUUUCGGGACAUCGUAGUCAGGAAAGAAGAGGGUUUUACACAUGUCCUUCUAUCGAGCCAAACAUCAGACAACAAUGCACUAACCCCUGAGAUAAUGAAGGAAGUGUGUCGGGCUCUGGGGAACGCGGCUGCCGAUGACAGCAAGCUUCUGCUGCUCAGUGCAGUUGGGAGCAUCUUCUGUGGCGGCCUGGACGCUUCCUACCUUAUCGGACGUUUGUCCACUGACCGCAGGAAAGAGAGCAGCAGGAUCGCUGAUGCAGUGAGAGACUUUGUGAAGGCCUUCAUCCAUUUUAAGAAACCUAUCGUGGUGGCCAUCAAUGGACCAGCUUUGGGACUGGGAGCCACCAUCUUGCCCCUUUGUGACAUUGUAUGGGCCAGUGAUAGAGCCUGGUUCCAGACCCCCUGCGCGGCCCUGCGGAUGACCCCCUCUGGCUGCUCUUCAUACACCUUCCCAAAUAUACUGGGAGUGGCACUAGCCAACGAGAUGUUGUUUUGUGGCCGCAGGUUGACGGCACAGGAGGCAUGUACUCGAGGUUUGGUGUCUCAAGUGUUCUGGCCCACUACCUUCAACCAGGAAGUCAUGUUACGUGUAAAGGAGAUGGCUGCCUGCAGUGCUGUGGUUCUGGAAGAGUCCAAAUGCCUGAUGCGGAGCAUCCUGAAGUCUAUUCUGGAAGAUGUGAAUGAGAAGGAGUGUCAGAUGCUCAAACAACUUUGGUGUUCCACUAAAGGACUGGAUGCUCUCUUUAACUACCUGCAAAACAAGGGCUAUGAUGCCUAAACUACAGUCUCCCCUUCCAAUUGGUCAGAUCUUCAGUCCAGCUUAAAAUAACCAGCUUGUGUGGAAUCAGCGUGUCUAAGACUGUCAACUGCCCAAUUACAGCUGGAUUACAUAGCAAGAAAACAAAAUCAAGGCUAACAAUGUGGUAAACAACCUCCUGGUUGUGGUUGGUGUUUUAUAUCUUGACUUUCUUGACUGGAACAGUGAGGCAUUAGUUGGGCUGAAGAUCUGCUAGAGGAACUUUCACUGUGAGAACUUUAGACAGCUUCACUGUCUCGUAUGUAUGACAUACAAAAGACAUUAUGGACACAAACUAGAGCAGAUAAUGGCAUGAUUUUCAAGUCAAACAGAGCCAAGAAUAAAUUAUUUAUUUUAAAGAAUUUUGAAUGCUUUGGUGUUACAGGCAUUCAGGUUUUUCUCGAAUGCUUUCCAACCAGGAUUCCAUACGCCAAAAGAUAAAUAAUAUUUAAUUAGAAACAUUAUUUUAUUUUUUAAUGUUUUAGUUGUUGUUGUUUUCUUUCUUUAUUUGUGAUAUUCAAUGAAAGCCAUUUUACAAAGGUAAAAAAGCUUAUAAUAUAAUGUUAUGUACAGUCUAGAUUGAUUGUUGUUUCAAAUUUUGUUUAGUGAGUUUGAGGUUUUGGUAGAUUUUUUUUUUUUUAUUAUUAUUAUUAUUAUUGUCUGGAAUGAAGUUUUGAAAACCAAAGCCUCUGUGAUAUUUGAUAUGUUUCAUCUUCCUUUUAAAAACACUUCCAUGGUGCACAUCGAAUAUUAUAUCAAAUAUGGCUUAAAGGGAUAGUUCUCUCAUCAUUUACUCACCCUCAUGCCAUCCCAGAUGUGUAUGACAUUCGUUCUUUCUACAGCAGAACACAAAUUAAGAAUUUUAGAAGAAUUUAUCCGGUCUUUUGGUCCAUACAAUGAAAGUGAGCAUAAAAGUAAUCCAUAAGACUCCAGUGGUUUAAUCCAUGUCUCCAGAAGUAAUUUGAUAGGUGUGGGUGAGAAACAGAUCAAUAUUUAAGUACAUUUUUACUAUAAAUUCUCCUCCCUGCUCAGUCAAUAUCCACUUUAACUUCCACGUUCACAUUCAUCUUCUUGUGUUUUUGGUGAUUCACAUUCUUCAUGUAUACGUCCCCAACUGGGCAGGAAAAAAAAAAUUCAAGGAAAAAUUGACGUAAAUAUUGAUCUGUUUCUCACCCACAUCUAUCAUAUCACUUCGGAAGAUAUGGAUUUAACCACUGGAGUCAUAUGGAUUACUUUAAUGCUGCCUUUAUGUGAUAUUUGGAGCAUCAACAUUUUGCCACCCAUUCACUUGCAUUGUAAGGACCUACAGGGCUGAGAUAUUCUUCUAAAAAUCUUCAUUUGUGUUCUGCAGAAGCCAUGAGGAUGAGUAAAUUAUGAGAGAAUUUUCAUUUUGGGGUGAACUAUCCCUUUAAAGGAAUAUUCCGGGUUCAAUACAAGUUAAGCUCAAUCGACAGCAUUUGUGGCAUAGUAUUGAUUACCACAAAAAUAUAUUUCGACCCGUCCCUCCUUUUCUCUAAAGAAUUGGCAAAAAUGGAGGUGGAAGUAAAUGGGGCCAAUCGGAAACUUUAAAAUACUCACUGUUUCAAAAGUAUAGCCACAAGACAUAAACAAUAUGUGUGUUAACAUGAUUUUAGUGUGAUAAAACCACUUACUAACCUUUUCUGUGAAAAAUGUAUAUCCAAUUUUACAACUUUGUUACCAUGAUGACGUAAGUUAACCCUAAAACAACAAUUUAAAUGACUUUACAGCUAAAAUAAUGCACGAGUUUUAACAGAAGAAUUAAUGUAUGUGCUUUUAUAAAAUUAUAAGCUUCAAAUUUCUGUUUUAAACCCUCCAAAAAUUGGCCCCAUUGACUUCCAUUGUAAGUGCCUCACUAUAACCUCCAUUUAUGCUUUUUUAUUUUAUAACUAUCAUAUGAAAUAGAAAAUUCAGUUACCAGAACAAGCAACCUAUGAUAUAAAGAUGACUAUAGUUACAUUCUCUGUUCAUUCACAAUAUUGUGUGUGUGAGUUAGAGCGAUGCUUGCGAGGGGCUCAUUACUGUAUGCAGUUCACCAACUGAACAUUUGAUGAGUUGCAUUCAUCUGAUCAACAGGGUAGGCAUGUAAUGUGCUUUGAAAAGAACUGAUGCAUGUCGUUUGGCAGUUAUUCUGUGUGACGGAGUGAUUGCCAAUUCAGAGAUUUGAAGUUUGAUGAGCACAGCUGAGUGGACGUCAUUAGAAUGAUUCAACCUACAGUAUUGGCAAAAUUAUCACUAUAAUUUGAUGCAUUCACCACAUAACUGACUCGUCUAAAAAAAAAAGAUAAUUUAUGACAGAAUUAACAUGAUUUUUUUACUUAUUCAACCAAAAUCUAUUUAUUUAAUGACUUGUCUAUAUUCUCUCACUGUCUUAUCUUUAAAUAUCUUUCUUAUUCCCAAUGUAACUCACACUUUGGGUGCAUUCACAGACUGGUUCAUUUAGAGCCUCUUUCCAUCUGGAGUUGCCAAAACCAUCACUUGACUCUAAGUUCAUUUGGCACUGAAUUGACCUCUUGAGCAGAGGAAAUGCAAUACUGUUGGUUAGAGUAGUGAAUAGCACAUUAUUGUGACAUGCUGACGUUAACAAAAACGUUCUGCAUCUGGAUUUGUGAAGUGUUUUUCCAUCAAAAGAAACAUCUUUGGAUAUUUAGUCUCUGUAGACUUCAGUGUUCACAUCUUGUGCAGCUUAUGUACUAUAAGUGAGAAUAUAUUUAAGAAUGGUCAGGUUGUGAUAUGUAUAGUUUGUUGUGUAUUUUUGUGAAAAAAUAGUAAAUGACAUUUCUAUUUAUUCCAAAAACAUAUCCUGUCUCUGCACUUUUUGAUUAUGGAUUGAUGUCAAUAUUAUAAUUUAAUAACAGACAUUGAUGUUAUUUUUGCAUGUGUUGAUUUCAGGAAAAGUGCACAUACAUAUAUGACUACAAUCAGUUAUACAAGUAUAUACACACGUAUGUUUAAUUAGUUUUGUACAAUAUGAAAAAAGAUAUUCAGCAGAUAAUAAUAAAUAAAUGAAAGGGGAUGAAGGACGGACGGAUAGAUAGACAGACAGAUAGAUAGAUAGACAGACAGACAGAUAGAUAGAUAGAUAGAUAGACAGACAGAUAGACAAACAGAUAGAUAGACAGACAGACAGACAUACAACAGAUAGAUAGACAGACAGACAGACAGAUAGAUAGAUAGAUAGACAUACAGAUAAAUAGACAGACAGACAGAUAGAUAGAUCGACAUACAGAUAGAUAGACAGACAGACAGACAUACAACAGAUAGAUAGACAGACAGAUAGAUAGACAGACAGAUAGAUAGAUAGAUAGAUAGAUAGACAGACAGAUAGACAAACAGAUAGAUAGACAGACAGACAGACAUACAACAGAUAGAUAGACAGACAGACAGACAGAUAGAUAGAUAGAUAGAUAGACAGACAGAUAGACAUACAGAUAGAUAGACAGACAGACAGAUAGAUAGACAGAUAGAUAGAUCGACAUACAGAUAGAUAGACAGACAGACAGACAUACAACAGAUAGAUAGACAGACAGAUAGAUAGACAGACAGGUAGAUAGAUAGAUAGAUAGACAGAUAGAUAGAUAGAUCAAUAUUAUUGUUCUUUAAGGGUAAAUUAUAAUGUGUGUAAAUUAUUUAUUUGUCUUAUAUUUCAGGAUAUGAUUUUGUAUUUCCAUGGUAAGUAAUUAAGUAAGGUUGUACUGUUUAUUUAUUUAUUGACUAAAAAAUAGAAUAUAUUGCAGUUUUCAAUCCUGUGGAGUGCCAUUAAAUGCUAUUUCUAUUUCUCUUCAUGCCUCCGGAGUCACAUGAGCUUCUGAUUUGAUGCUUAGACAAAUUCUAACAAACACAGGUGCAAUUUACACACAACUGUAUAAUGACAGCAUUACAGCAGCUGCCAUUUUAUUAUUUUAAGAUUUUGUGAAAAUUCUGUGUUGUAAAUGUUCUGUUUGUUGGUGUAUAACAUGAUUAUUGAUUAUUGGCCCAGUUUUAAACAAAAUUACCAUGUUGUGUUCAUCUUCAUUUAGAAACUGGAUGUUUGCAUGAUAUUUCUUCAUUGUCACUUUUUAAAGCGAAUUACUAAAAAUCUGUUCCAAAACAUCAUCUUUGUAAAAUGUGUUAUUGAAUUACGUGUGGCUAUUGAAAAACCAGUGGUACAUAAUAAUGGUAGAGUAUUUUUAUUAUUUAUGAAUUAUUUUCCCUUUCAAAGCUUUUACCUGCAGACAGUGCACUUGUUGUUUGAGAACUAAUAUUGAGAAUAAUUCUAAAUCAUCUAUUUUCACUGAAGAUAUGAGUAUUGUAUUGAUGUCUAUAUUUGGUGAAGGCUUUCCAUUCAGGACCCCAGAUCUCCCAGACGACUGUUCUUACAGUCAUACAGUGUCGAAGUACACUUUUCCCUUACAUCUCUGUGUGCCUUAGAUUAUGUAUUUCUGUGUCAUUUUGCUGUGUCUUUAUUGUAUGGGUGGGAGAUUUGCCUUUA